AGGGGAGGCCCGGAGCCUUUCUGGGGCCUGGGGGAUCCUCUUGCACUGGUGGGUGGAGAAAAGUGCCUGCAGCCAACCAGGGUCAGGCUGUGCUCACAGUUUCCUCCAGCGGCGGCAUGUAAAGGCUCCACAAAGGAGUCGGGAGUUCAAAUGAGGCUGCUGCGGACGGCCUGAGGAUGGACCCCGAGCCCUGAGUCCCAGACCUGCAGAGCAUGGCACUGAGGUAGCUGCCGGCCCCGCCGCCAGAGAAGGCAGGUCGUGAGCAGCCCGGCAGGACCCUGGCCAGCCUCCGCCCCGUCCCAGCCGGAGUCCUGCUGUGGAGGCAGGGCCAGCAGCAGAGGCCAGUGAGGCACGGUGGCUUGGCGGCCGGUCCGGCCUGCGACUCGGGGACCCCUCCUGGAGGCCAUGGGCAGGCUGCCCUGCUGACGGCCGAGGUGAGGCAUGUGAGGAGCUGCCCGGGAGCCCAGCAGGAGGGAAGAGGUUUUCCCAGGCUCUGUUCGCAAAGAAUAGCCACCAUUUUGCGAGAACCAUGAGACCGCUGGGCGUGACGUGCUGGUGGCUGGGACUGCUGGCCGCCGUGGGAGCUGCUGCGGGCCAGAAGGAAGGGGCAGAGGGCACCGAGGAGGGCUCGCAGGGCGAGUUCAUCUACCUGAACAGGUACAAGCGGGCCGGCGAGUCCCCGGACAAGUGCACCUACACCUUCAUCGUGCCCCAGCAGCGGGUCACGGGCGCCAUCUGCGUCAACUCCAAGGAGCCUGAGGUGCUCCUGGAGAACCGCGUGCACAAGCAGGAGCUGGAGCUGCUCAACAGUGAGCUGCUCAAGCAGAAGCGGCAGAUCGAGACGCUGCAGCAGCUGGUGGAGGUGGACGGCGGCAUCGUGAGCGAGGUGAAGCUGCUGCGCAAGGAGAGCCGCAACAUGAACUCGCGGGUCACGCAGCUCUACAUGCAGCUCCUGCACGAGAUCAUCCGGAAGCGGGACAACGCGCUGGAGCUCUCCCAGCUGGAGAACAGGAUCCUCAACCAGACGGCCGACAUGCUGCAGCUGGCCAGCAAGUACAAGGACCUGGAGCACAAGUACCAGCACCUGGCCACGCUGGCCCACAACCAGUCCGAGAUCAUCGCGCAGCUCGAGGAGCACUGCCAGCGGGUGCCCCCGGCGCGGCCCGUGCCCCAGCCACCCCCCGCCAGCCCACCCCGCGUCUACCAGCCUCCGCCCUACAACCGCAUCAUCAACCAGAUCUCCACCAACGAGAUCCAGAGUGACCAGAACCUGAAGGUGCUGCCGCCUCCUCUGCCCACCAUGCCCACCCUGACCAGCCUCCCGUCCUCCACAGACAAGCCAUCGGGCCCUUGGAGAGACUGCCUGCAGGCCCUGGAGGAUGGCCACGACACCAGCUCCAUCUACCUGGUGAAGCCGGAGAAUACCAACCGUCUCAUGCAGGUGUGGUGCGACCAGAGACAUGACCCCGGGGGCUGGACCGUCAUCCAGAGGCGCCUGGACGGCUCCGUCAACUUCUUCAGGAACUGGGAGACAUACAAGCAAGGGUUUGGGAACAUUGAUGGCGAGUACUGGCUAGGCCUGGAAAACAUCUACUGGCUGACAAACCAAGGCAACUACAAGCUGCUGGUGACCAUGGAGGACUGGUCUGGCCGGAAGGUCUUUGCGGAGUACGCCAGCUUCCGCCUGGAGCCUGAGAGCGAGUAUUACAAGCUGCGGCUGGGGCGCUACCAUGGCAAUGCUGGCGACUCCUUCACCUGGCACAACGGCAAGCAGUUUACCACCCUGGACCGAGACCAUGACGUCUACACAGGAAACUGCGCCCACUACCAGAAGGGAGGCUGGUGGUACAACGCCUGCGCCCACUCCAACCUCAACGGGGUCUGGUACCGCGGUGGGCACUACCGGAGCCGCUACCAGGAUGGAGUCUACUGGGCUGAGUUCCGGGGAGGCUCCUACUCGCUCAAGAAAGUGGUGAUGAUGAUCCGGCCCAACCCCAACACCUUCCACUAAGCCAGCUCCCCAGCCCCCUCCGGCCCCCUCCAGCCCCGCCAGGAGCUCCUGGCCACGCUGGCCCCGCAGGCCGCCGAGGGGCUGGGAGGCCUGGGAGGCUGGAUUCUGUUUUCCCAAGUCACUGGUGGAACUGAGCGGACACAGUAUUCUCUGUCCCCGCUAGUUCUCUUCACACCAUCCAGACAGGACAGACCGACAGACAAGUCUUUCCUUAAACAAAUGAAGUCCCUACAAUAAAAACACAAUGCACAUGUGGAUGAGCCUGCCUGGUGCACGCGUGUGGCCACACGCACAUGUGCACACAGAGCCACACCGCAGGCGCGACCCAGACACCUGCAGGCAUACCACACGCCCCCCCACCCCCACCCCAUGUCCACGCCUCACGACCACCCUGGUACCGCGAUUUCUCUCUUAGGAAAAAACAUUUCAUUAGCAUGUGUCACUCGCCUCCAAGAGCAGGCCCGCCUGCACAGCUCCAGCUCACGGGAGCAGCCACGGUCUCCACCCCCCUGGGUUCUUCCGGGAAUGUUACAGUGCUUUCUCGCGGGGGUCCUCAGCUUCCUCGCUCAGUAACCCCUUUCGGCACCUAAUUAAACUUCAGUCUUGCCUCCCUCUACACUGCUCCACUGCUCGCCACCUCAGGACUCCAGCCUCCAUGACCCCUCGGCCAGGGGGUGAGCCCUUGCUGCGCCCCCAGCGCUGGCCCUGCUCCAGGCAUCUUGCUGCUCCCUGCUCAGCUUCCCCUGACCAUUUCAUUCACGUUAUCUUUCUACAUCUUUCCUCAGAUUCCUCAGCCUCUGAGUAGGGGACAGUCAGGGCUCCAGUUUUCUGGUCAGGAAAGGGACGGCCAGGCCCCAGAGCUGGCCGCUGGCCACAGAUAAUGUAUCGCCGUUGUGUAUUCCUGCUCACUUGUAGCCAACAUGUCAUUUUAACCUUCACAGAGAUAAUAACCUACCUUGCCCAGGAGACACUCAAGUGAAGACACAUCACUGGUUGUCAGGGCCCCCAAGUGGCUACAGACCAAAGGCCCUGUUGUUCUCAGAGUCCACAGCCCUCCCCAAACCACGGUCCCCCAGAGCCCCAGUGCCACAGAAAUGAGAACUGGCCCCUUCUGGGGAGUAACUCAAGAAUCAGGGUGCAGAGUCCCUCAGCUAGUGCACAGAGGGUGGCGGCUGUCAGAGGUCCUCGGGCCUUGCUGGAAUACCACACACUGCCCAGCAGGGAGCCAGAGACAGUGAAGAAGGCAAGACCCUCCCAGGGCGUGUGGUCAGGCGUCGAGACGUGGGCAUUGGUCCUGGCCAGGCCUGGUGUGCGCCUAUUACCUCAGCAUCCUCACCAAGUGUACCAUGUAGCAUGUUUUGUGUAUAUAAAAGGGAAGGUUUGUUUUUUUAAUAUAUUCCCAGAUUAUCCUUGUAUUGCCACAAAUCUGCAAUAAAAGCCGUGAGUGCUACACGGCACCUCUGCCCUGUGCGACACUGUUUCCAAACGCCCCCCUGGCAUCCUUCCCCAGGGCCUCUCGAAGCAACACCAGGAAGCGGCUCACACCAGGGACACACACUGGGCUGUGGUCUCCGCCACAUCCUGGGCAGUUCCGCUGUCGGGCCUAACCCUCACCCAGGGUGGCUCAUCCUCCUCACCUCUGCCAGGUCCUGGCUGCCCUGGAGGCCCCUCGGCAGACAGUCAACCCUGAAACAUCCCCUGAGUCUGAUCCCAUUUCACUGGAUGGCGCCUCCUACUCAGUUGCUCAGGUCAAAAGCAAGGACUCCCUGCCCAGGCCGCGGGAAGUCCUCUUAUCUAGAGGCGACCCCCAGACUAGGAGCCAGGGCAACCAGCCCCCACACCUGCUGCCAAAACCACCUUCCUGUCAAGCAAGUCUGGGGGGGAGGGGCCACGAGGCAAAGUGGAAACCCCCAAACCGUGAGGUAAAAGGCAACGACAUAUUACUAAAGAAAACCCCACCUACCUACCCUCCAAUAAAACAAAGCCAAGACGAAAACACAAAUAUUGUGAGAAAAAAACAUCGCAACAUAGAUGGUAAAUGCAGGGUGAAUAUUCAAGCUACACUCAACGUUCCUUCAAUGAAGAGGAGACACAAACGCCGUGAGAUGACACGUCAGAAGCCACACAAAGAGCCAGCAGUCAAGAAACGGUGUCUCAG